UCAAAAGUCAGUAGUAGUUGUAGUCCACAAUCACAAGACCUAGUCAGUGGGGGUCCCACCUACGUGCCUACUUUCUCUUCCGUUCUCUAUCCUCUUGUGGACACCCCCUCAAUGAAAGAUAUAAUGUCGCCUUCGGUGUCCCCUCGCUUUUUUUCGGAAAAGGAGGUAGCCAAGCAUUGCACCAAGGAUUCGUGCUGGGUGUUGUUAGGGACGCGGGUGUACGAUGUGACGGGGUUCCUUAGGAUGCACCCGGGCGGAGAGGCGCUCAUUCUCCGCCGCUCAGGCAUGGACAUCAAGCGCGAGAUUGAAGGACCCCCGCAUCGGCACUCGGAGAACGCCCGGAGGUGGAUGGAGCAGUACUACAUCGGUGAAAUCGACAGAGACAGCACAGAUGAAGACACGGAGACUCUGAGACAGCGAAAGAAAAUCACAGAAAGUACCACAGAAGAAGAAGAAACUUCAGCCAUCAGCAAAUGCAGCAAAGUCGAUGAAGAAACGGAUCUGGUAGACUGGAAGAAGCCUCUAGCUUGGCAAGUUGGAUACCUCGGAGAAAAGUACGACACUUGGGUCCAUCAGCCCGUGGACCGACCGAUCAGACUGUUCAAAAAUGACUUUUUUGAGGCCAACACAAAGACUUCAUGGUACAUGGUACCAAUUGUAUGGAUGCCUUUAGUUAUCUAUCUGAGUUGGUACUGCUAUACAUUAUUGGCACAAGAGCGUACAAGACUUUUCAUUACAUCAGAUUACUCUGUUCUGAUACAUAAGUACAGCUUUCCUUUCAUCUUCAUGCUUGGCAUGUUUCUGUGGUCUUUCGUCGAGUACUGCAUCCAUCGCUUUGUCUUCCACAUGCGUCCACCCGCCCACAAUUAUUACCUCAUCACGCUGCACUUUCUGCUGCACGGCCAGCACCACAAGUCUCCAUUUGACGGCUCUCGUCUAGUGUUUCCUCCGAGCCUGGCCGGCCUUGUCGCUGGCAGUUUUUAUCUGAUACUCAGACAGCUCUUAUCCGAGGGUCUGGGUAUGUCCCUGUUUGUCGGGGGUCUGUGUGGAUAUGUGGUCUAUGAUAUGAUCCACUACUAUCUGCACUACGGCUCACCUAGCAAAGGCUCCUACAUGUAUGGACUAAAAGCUUACCACGUCAAACACCACUUUGAACACCAACGGGCAGGUUUUGGGAUCACCACCACAUUCUGGGAUCACCCUUUCAACACAGUCAUCCCCGAGCAGAAGUUUUAAAAGAGUUCCUCUUUUUGCCACAAAGACCAAACCAAUAUGCCCUAAAAACUCUCAUAAGCCUCCCCUUACCCAAUCCAUCCUUGUUAGGUACGGUGUCUUACCCUGCUGCUGCUACCAGCUAUAGCCUAUAAGUUCUUCAUCACCACUAUGAUCAUCAAUUUGAUGAAAAGGGGGAGUGCCUGAAUCACCGAUUGUAAAGCUAUAUGAAUAUUUAUAUACUGUAUGAAUGUACUGAUGAAUCAAACAUUUUCAAAAUUAUGUCUUUUAUUAGAUGCACUAGUAUAUCAAACUCACAGUUUUGCCCAUCCAUGUAACGUUAGGAGAGAUAUAGACAGAUAACGAUAAGUGUGGGACGGUGUGUGAAAGUGUGGACGGAGGAGAGAGUGUGAUUGAUUCUUAGUCGUAGUGUUAAUACGCUGAAGGAUGGCAGAAAGAGAGGUAGGACUCUGCGGUCCUUUCAGUGGCCAUGUGAGCCAUUUUCUUUAAGGAAAACUCAGGAAAGUCUCAGAUGCUUUAAUCUUCUAAGUGUUGAUGCUCCAACCACUUACUCCCAUUUGUGAUCCCAUGACCCUUUGUUUCUCUGUCCUCAUUCUACAUAGGGCUGCAAAUAACAACAAUUUUUACCAUAGAUUAAUCCGUCGAGGGGUGGGGGUGGGGGAGCUACAUUUUCAAUUUUCACAUUUUAAAUUAAAUAAAAUUUCUUGGCCAGUGUUUAUCUCAAAACAAUGUGCAAAAUGAAGGCAAUGAAAACAAAUAUAAAUGUAUGAUUUAAUGAUUUAACUAUACAUUGUGUUAAUGCGAUAUGUAUAAGCUUACAUAGAUUGCAAUGGCUUUUCAAAUGAUAUAUAAAUAUAUAAACUCCACAGUUUGAAAGCAUAAAUAAUAAUAAAACAAAAACAAAGGCAAGGUGUCUAUUAAAACACAGUUCUGUUGAAAAAUGUAAUUAAGUUUUUGCAACCCUAGGGGCCUUUCAAAUGCGUUUUUGUGUACAUCUGUGCAGAUUUUCUAUGUAAACAUGCACCUUGUAUUGGCAGGAGCCCCAUGUUGAGACUCUUUUUAAAAUGUGUCUCAAGAAACCUGCGUUCUGUUUAAUUUGUUGUGCUACAUCUUGCCUUUUUUUACGCAAGGCGCUUUUGACAUGAACGGCCCCUAAUUCCAUGUUUCAUUCUGCUCUUUUGGUGUGGGUUAUUUUAACCCUAUAGGCUCUGGUUGUCAUGAAUUUGUGGUACAUGGGGAAUGAAGUUCUAUGACAAACUUACUUUCCUUUCUCAUCUCAUUCACUUUGAGGUGUUUUUUUUUUGCCAAUUUCUUACAAUUGACUAAUAACAAUAUCCUGUACUAGGGAAGUCAUAACCAGCUGUUCCUCGGAUAAUAUGUUACAUAUCCAGUGAGAUAUUAAGUUAUUGAGGAAUGAAGCUGGAUUUUGGUUUCUCUGACUUGCACAUGGAGAUGUGUUGUCAUGAUGAUGCACUAUUGAGGGCAUGAAGCGGGGUGUAUUUGCCUCUCCUGUCGGUGGGUGUUGCUAGUUGUCCAUAACUGUUGUUGGGUGGAGGGUCUCUAUAAAUCCUCAUUGUUGUAGAUCUAGCCAGCGCGACCCCGCCAUAUCUGGUGUGACGAUCUGUGGCAUCUGACCAGGCCUCAGGAGAGGACUCUGAUAUUAGAACAUCCUUGGCUGAUCUCUCAUCAGUUGAUACAGCAGAUUUUUCCAAACUCCUCAAUCUCUUGUCUUGUGCACAUGUGCAGUACUGUCUCCCUGUUUUGUCUGGCACUUUUGUAUUUUCUUAACUCAAACUAACUACUGCCUCUGGCUUGACUUUUGUUAAACUUACUGCAUUGAUGUUAAAAUUCUGGAAAUUUUCUAGAAAGGUAAAAUUGGAGCUGUGGCCUCAUUUAGCUCUGUUUUAUUGGUUGAAUUUUGUCAUUUUGACAUAUGAGCGUUAUUAAUGUUUUUCUAAUAUUCAUAUGCCAGUGGUCAUUCAUUGAUUUCCAAAUUUCUUUGUACAAGCAUUAUGAAGCCACUGUAUUCUAUUUUGUCCUUGAAUAUAUGUUUGUGUGUGUUUAAGUAAUAAUGAUUCUGAUGUGCCUUAUAGCAGCAUUCCCCACUACAUACUUCCUAACCAAUCACGUAAUUGGUAGGACAUCCCAGCCAAAUACAUGGAAGGAGGUGUCAGGGUUUGAAUAGGACAGGGACUUUAUUCCUACCAUGAUUAAAUGGCAGAAUGAAACUAAUAAAUUGCAAUAGACAUUGAAAUGUUUUUGAUUAUUUUGUAACUGUGACACCCUCCUGAGCUUUCACGGAUAGAUCCCAUGGCAUAGGAGAAUGCUUUCAGUUUAAGCAAGUAAACAGAGCAAUAUGUGUAUCUGUUUACUUCUAAUCAAUAAUUUUUUAAAAUUCUGAUAAGAAAUUUCAGCUACAGAUGCCUCAAGUAAAUACCAAAAUCUGUUUACUACUAUGUAUUUUUAUGUUGGAAUUAAAAAUGUAUAUGCUAAUGCCACUGUAUUUGUAAAUAAACAUGUAUAUUUCUGAGGAAAUCUUGUGCA